AGUAGCAAACUCAUUAUUCUCAUUUCACAUACAUCUUUCUAUUCGCUUUCGGCUUUCUCAUUAAAGCGAACGUGAAACAGGCUAAAAAUCACUAAUAAAAUCUUCUCAAGUUUCAAGAGGAAGUGGAGAAAUUUUAGGGGAAAUUGUAAGAAGAAAAGGAAAACAUGGCUCUGAAGCUAAAUGCCCUUAGUUUGCGAUCCCAUAAGUAUUCUUCUUCUGCUGUACAAACAAUGGCGAGGAGCAGCUUUAGAUCCUCCAAGGUUGUCAUGGCUUCAACCCUUCGCUCGGGAGCUAAUGAAGUUGAGAACUUGAAGAAGCCUUUUACUCCUCCACGUGAGGUGCAUGUUCAAGUAACACACUCUAUGCCGGCACAGAAAAUUGAAAUCUUCAGAGCACUCGAGGAUUGGGCUGACCAAAAUAUAUUGAGUCUUCUGAAACCAGUUGAAAAGUGCUGGCAACCACAGGAUUUUCUACCAGACCCUGCUUCAGAUGGAUUUCACGAUCAAGUCCAGGAACUAAGGGAGAGGGCUGUGGAAAUUCCAGAUGAUUAUUUUAUUGUUCUAGUUGGGGAUAUGGUCACAGAAGAAGCCCUUCCAACAUACCAAACAAUGCUUAACACCCUGGAUGGGGUUAGAGAUGAAACAGGUGCAAGCCUUACCUCUUGGGCUAUUUGGACAAGGGCCUGGACUGCUGAAGAGAACAGGCAUGGUGACCUCCUUAAUAAGUAUCUCUACCUUUCUGGCCGAGUUGACAUGAGAGCAAUUGAGAAGACAAUUCAGUACUUGAUUGGAUCAGGAAUGGAUCCUCGGACAGAGAACAGUCCUUACCUUGGAUUUAUCUAUACAUCCUUUCAAGAAAGAGCAACUUUUAUCUCUCAUGGUAAUACAGCCAGACAUGCCAAGGAAUAUGGAGACCUGAAACUGGCCCAAAUCUGUGGCACAAUAGCUUCAGAUGAGAAACGCCAUGAGACUGCAUAUACCAAGAUAGUAGAAAAGCUUUUCGAGAUAGACCCUGAUGGAACCGUAUUGGCUUUUGCGGAUAUGAUGAAGAAGAAAAUUUCGAUGCCAGCGCAUUUGAUGUACGAUGGCCGUGAUGACAACCUUUUCGAUCACUUUUCUGCGGUGGCUCAGCGUCUUGGUGUCUACACUGCUAAAGAUUACGCAGAUAUACUGGAGUUUCUUGUGGGAAGAUGGAAAGUAGAAGAUCUGACCGGACUAUCAUCUGAAGGUAGAAAAGCUCAAGAAUAUGUGUGCCGGUUGCCCCCUAGAAUCAGAAGGCUGGAAGAGAGAGCUCAAGGGAGGGCCAAACAAGCGCCCACCAUUCCAUUCAGCUGGAUAUAUGAUAGAAGGGUGCUGCUCUGAGUGUGCUGGGAACGAGGUCAUUUCGACUCUGAAUAACAUAAAAUUUCUUCUAGGCUAUUAAGCGACGGUAGCAUAUUUUAGCUGCAGUCUUAUAGAAAUCAGCAUUUUUGUGUUCGUCUAUCGUUAGAGAUUUUGGUAGGGAUGAUUAUGCAGUGUGUGUUGUAGAUACCAUUGUUCUGCUUCGCGGUCUUUAGGCCUGUCUUCUUUGUAUGGUCCUCCUCUGGGAAUGGCCUUUUGUUCUUGCAGACAUAUGUAACUAUAAACUAUGAAUCUUAAGGCAACCCUGUUGUUUACAGUCUUUCAGAA